UUUAUCUCGAGAGUACCCAAACAACGAUAGCUUGAGAUGAUAAUAUCUUAUCCGGCUGGUUAUAUAAGAUUUAGUUAAGAUCGUAAAAGUAUAUGGUAACAAGAUUUACAGUACACCUAAAUUAAAAUGACCAAAAUAUGGAGUUUGGUUUCGUGCCAUAUUUUGAUAAUUUUCCUUAAUACUAGUGCAUCUUGUGCUAGCGUAGAUUAUAGUAGCGAUCCAUACGUGCAGUUGUUUCAACAAUAUCUCAGAAUCAACACUACCACCACGAUAAGUGAUCUCACGCCAGCGGUCCAAUUCUGGCAAGACCUAGCCUCAUCACAGGACCUGGAGCUCCAGAAGCAUGAGUAUGUGUCCGGCUACCCCGUGCUCGUCAUCAAGUGGCCCGGAGUAGACCCCUCGCUGCCCAGCAUCGUGCUCAACUCGCAUAUGGACGUCGUGCCGGUUAAUGAGGCAGAAUGGAAGUACCCUCCAUUCGCGGCAACCCUAGACUCAGACGGAGUGAUCUGGGGCCGAGGCACUCAGGACAUGAAGAGUGUUUCCAUCCAGUACUUCCUGGCCAUGAAGGAACUGAAACAAAACAAUGUCACACUGCUUCGGGAUGUCUAUAUGACCUUGAUGCCUGACGAGGAGGUGGGCAGUGUCUCCGGGCUGCGUCUCUUCAAGGAGUCCCCUGAGUUCGCGGCGCUGAACGUGGGCUGCGUGAUGGACGAGGGCGCCGCCGCGCCGCUCCCGGUUUAUGGCAUGUUCUACCAGGAUAAGGCUAUUUGGCAAAUUGAAGUGACAUGUUACGGAGAAGCAGGACACAGCGCCACUUUCCCAGCCUCCAAUACAACUGCCACGGGGAAGUGCCGCUACGUGAUCGACAAAUUCCUGAGCUACCGCGACCAACAGCACGCGAUCUCUGAGACCGCCACGCUGCUGAAGUCUGGCUUGUUUACAGCCAUCAAUCUGAACAAAAUACGGGCGGGCACAGCGAACAACGUGGUCCCUCAGUCAGUGAGCCUGGUGUUCGACAUCCGCCUCGCCACCGAACUAAACACCACGGCCUUCGAACUGCAGAUGAACUCCUGGCUAGCAGAGGCGGGGUCAGGCAUCAACAUGACCUUCCUACAGAAGAACAAGCAGUCAGCACGCACUGUCGUCAGCAAGAAGAACCCCUACUACGUGGCUAUACAGUCCGCUGCCAGCAAUCUGGGCAUCACAAUAGUGCCGAUAGUGUCUCCAGGCUCCACUGACGCGCGCCACCUACGCCUGCAAGACGUGCCAGCAUUCGGCUUCUCUCCACUAGCGAACACCCCCACACUGCUACACACUGACAACGAGCGGCUAAACGUCACCACGUUUCUGAACGGCAUCGGGAUUUACAAGGAAAUUAUCACAUCCCUAGCUAAUAUUCCCGCUUCGAAGACUAACAAACUGGAUGUGCAGUCUUUGGUCGUUCAGUCUGAGUUUAACUAAAGUUUACAGCGGUUUUGGUGCUCCGAUGGGUUUGUGAAUAUCAUUCUGGGGCUCACUGAUAAUUGUUAUUUAUCAUUAUGUAUGUCUCAUACAUAUGUUUUUGUUUGUUUAUGUAUGAACUAUGGACCGGUACGAUAUGUAAAUAUUUUUCUGAGUGUGAGGUAAUAAACACUUUCAAGCAUAUUA